AUGUCUUCAGCGCGAGUAGCGGAUAGCUCGUAUAGCUCAAUUGAACCACCGAUCGGCCCUGGAAUGUAUCUCGUGUCGUACCGAGGAAUAACACGUUCGCCCCCGCGGCGGGGGAGGAGACGGUCUGCAGCGCUGCGGAGGGGUCGAGCGGCGAGAACGUCAGCUCGAUGUGGAUGUUUAAGCUUGGUACGCUCAGGAUACGGGGGCCCGCGUCUUACGGGUAGAGCCAGUAUAUAUACAGUCACAAAGCAAGUUGGAGAAUUUAUCUGGUUAGGAAGUACUAAAGCGGGUGAGACUGUGAUAAUUAAAAGUACACGCCACUUUCGAAUUACAGAUGAAAGGGAUAUUCUUAGGAAGUUCCAGCCCAAAACACCACACCUGCGUCCUUUGCUCGACGAGAUAAUUGAGCCACCAGACCCGCCCACAAUUGUAUUGAAGCAUCUUGAAGAUGAUCUACAGACCGCCUCAGCAGCUAGGAAACUGAAUGGAAAGGAGAUCAGAUAUGUUUCAAAGAGGGUUCUUGGGGCUCUGAAGGUGAUCCAUGAAGAUGGUUAUGUGCAUACAGAUAUCAAGAUGGAUAAUGUUCUCGUGAACUACGAUCCCCAGAAUUCUACCGAGCAACGGUUUGCAGACGUUCAACUCGCAGACCUCGAGAGCACAGUGCACAUAACCUCCCGCUUUUGUGAGGACCGGGACGAAAUUGGGACACCUAUUUGGCGGAGUCCGGAGGCACAGCUGGGACUCAAAUGGGGGCCAGCGACCGAUAUUUGGUCAUUCGGGACAAUGGUUAUCUCCAUGAUCUGGGGCGACAAUUUCUUCAUCUUCAAGCCCAAGGUGCCCCGUGGUCACGAUGAAUAUGAACUGGAGAUCCUUGCCAAAUACCACAUCUAUUUUGGACCAUUUCCACCUUCAUAUGCUGAUCUUGCUGAUCCAGAGACACUGGGAGUGCUAUCACUUAUUAUGAAUGAUGUGCCGCCUGAAAGAUUAAAGCCUUUCUCCCUGGCUAGUCAACGGGAGAUUUCAAAACAAGAUAAGGACUUUAUCUUGAAGAUAGUGAAGCUUGACCCACGGGACAGGCCAGCUGCAAAGGAGCUCCUUGAAGACGAAUGGUUCAACCAAGCAUGA